AUGAUGGAAUUUAGAAGGGAUGAGGUGAGUAGAGGAUUGAGAAAUGAUGGCGGCCUUGGUCACAGGAGGAGCCAAACUGGAGGGUUCAGGCUUUAUCUCGCUACAGAAUAUUAAUUACAACAAUACACGAGGAAGAAGAAGAAGAAACGAAGAAACCAACUGUCGACCUCAUCCACCUCCACCACCUCGGCUCCUAUCACUAGUAGUAUGCCAGGCCGAGGCGGCCAAAGGGUCAGGUACCACCGCCAGAGGACGCAGACUUGUUAAAAUUCGUGAAGAGAAGAGGAAGCGCGAGUACGACCGCCUUCACAGGUAUCCAGCCUGGGCCAAAGUGUUGGAAGACGCCUGCAAGGACGAUGGUGAGCUGCGAGCGGUUCUUGGAGACAGCAUUGGGAACCCUGAGCUCAUGAGGAAAAGGGUCGAAGAAAUCCGCCAGAAGGGCAGGGACUUCACCAAAUCCAAAACCGGUUCUGUCCUUGCCUUCAAAGUCACUUUCAGAGACUUCAAUCCUCUUGAUUCCCACAUAUGGUUUGAAUUCUAUGGAUCCCCAUCUGAUCGCGAUGUUGAUCUCUUCGGCAGUGUUAUUCAAUCAUGGUAUGUCAUGGGACGCUUGGGUGCCUUUAAUUCUACUAAUCUGCAGCUGGCAAAUUCUUCUAUGGAGUACAAUCCCCUUUAUGAUGUGGAUAAGGGUUUCAAAGUGAUGCCAUCUUCAUUUCAUGAUAUCAGCGACGUUGAGUUUCAGGAUAACUGGGGUCGUGUUUGGGUAGACCUUGGUACAGCUGACUAUUUUUCUGUGGAUGUACUCCUCAAUUGCUUGACAGUCUUGAGUACAGAAUAUCUGGGCAUUCAACAGAUAGUUUUUGGUGGCCGUAACAUGGGUGAUUGGGAAGAGGGGAUGACCAACACAGAGUAUGGAUACAAGUACUUCAAGAUCUGAAACCCAUAAUCAUUCGCUUGUGGAUGUUUAUAAAAGUUGUGGUGUUUGGAGGGCUUGGGGUUGACAAGUUCGUAAUAUGUUUUCAAUGCCAUCCUCCCCUGAAUUUACUAGCCAGCUACGAUCUACAGUUAAGGGAAGUUGGGGCGGGGAGUAUUUGUUUAUACAUUUUUUUAGUAGUAUGAACUUCUAUUUUGUUUUUUUUGGUGAACACUUCUAUCUUGUUUUGCUUGCUUUGGACGUAAGUAAAAUUGGUGGAUGAAUAAUGUAUGUUGAUGCACAAAAUCAGCGAAGACUUUGGUACAA